UGACCUUUUUGGGCUUUUAGUUACUUCAACUGAAACAACCACCUUCAUCUGUUCAUCCUCUUUCUUCCCGCCAUCUUACCUCCUUCAAUGCAGAGGACAGAGAAAACCCCAAAUUCAAUCUCUGCAAAACCCUAGAAAUCUCAAUUCUUGUCGUAAACUUAAAAAAUACCACCAAAUCAAAUAGAAAAGAACCCUGAUUUCACAAUUGAGAAGAACAAAUGGUACAAUUUCACGAGCAUAUAAUAUCGGACCUCUUGGAAGAUCCAAAUGGGGGCUUAGUGGUUCUCUCUUCCGGUCUUUCUCUCCCCAAACUCGUCGCAAAUCUUCUCUCCCUGCACUCCUCCGAUCAAGGUACUCUCUUAAUCCUUUCUGCCAACCCUUGCCAACGAAAAUCAAUCCUAAUUUCAAACCCUAACCCUAAUUUCAACGACGGACCUACCGAAAUCACUUCGGAGCUGCCGUCUCACCAGCGCAACGCACUUUACACUUCCGGCGGCGUUUAUUUCAUUACUUCUCGUAUUCUCAUUGUUGAUCUUCUCACCUCUAGAAUUCCCACUUCGAAAAUUGCCGGCAUUCUUAUUCUAAAUGCACAUUCUCUCUCCGAGACCUCGACGGAAGCGUUUAUCGUUCGAAUUUUGAGGUCGUUUAAUAAGAAUGCCUAUAUAAGGGCGUUUUCUGAUAAGCCUUUUGCUAUGGUUUCUGGGUUUGCGAAGGCGGAGAGGAUUAUGAAGUGUUUGUUCGUUAGAAAGCUGCAUUUGUGGCCAAGGUUUCAGGUGUAUGUUUCGCAGGAACUCGAGAGGAGCCCUUCUGAGGUGGUAGAUGUUAGAGUUCCUAUGAAUUCGGCGAUGAAAGGGAUUCAAAAGGCCAUAAUUGAAGUUAUGGAUGCUUGUUUGAAAGAAAUGAGGAGGACUAAUAAGGUUGAUGUUGAGGAUUUAACAGUUGAAAAUGGGUUGUUCAAAUCUUUUGAUGAGAUUAUUAAGAGACAAUUAGACCCAAUUUGGCAUACAUUAGCUAAGAAGACUAAACAGCUUGUUUCGGAUUUGAAGACCUUGAGGAAGCUGUUGGAUUAUCUUGUUAGGUAUGACGCGGUUACUUAUUUGAAGUAUUUGGAUUCACUGAGGGUUUCAGAGAGUUUUAGGUCAGUCUGGAUUUUUGCGGAAUCAAGUUAUAAGAUAUUUGAGUAUGCAAAGAAACGGGUGUACCUUUUUACAAAAACAGAAGCCGGGAAGCCAAGUGAGCAGAGCAAAAAUGUGUCAGGGAAGAAGAGAAAGUUGAAGGAGAGCAGCACUGAGAAAGAAGCUUCAAGUGGAGGAGUUUUUGUUCAAGAGAUUCUGGAGGAACCACCAAAGUGGAAGGUGUUACGUGACAUUUUAGAGGAGAUUGAAGCAGAGAGGAAGAAACAAGAAUCAUCAAGUGAUGAAAUUGUGAUUGAAAAUGAAGAUGAUAGCAAUGGAAUUGUUUUAGUAGCAUGCAAGGACGAGCAUUCAUGCAUGCAGCUUGAGGAUUGCAUUACAAAUGGCCCUAAGAAGGUCAUGCGGGAAGAAUGGGAGAAAUACUUGCUAAGCAAAGUAGAACUGAAAGGUUAUCAAGGACGACACAAAGGUGCUAAGAAGAAAACAAAAGAGCCUAAAGGUAUUGGAAUACUUGAUGGAGUUGUUCCAAGAACUGGUAAAGAAGAUGCAGAGGUUAGCAGCACAAACAAGCAGGAAAAUGAUGCGCUACUGGCUGCUGCAUCAGCGGUAAAAAAAUUAUCCAAGAAAGAAGCAACCUCUGUAGAUACCUGUCAACAAAAUGUUGUCAAUGAAGAAAAUGCACCAGGAAAAAGAAAGGGGAAAAGCGAGAAACCCUUGCAGGAAAAACAGGGCAUAGAAAAGCACAAUAAUAACCGUCGCAAAUCUAAAAGUAUUGAUAAAUCUCAAGUUGCUAGUCCUGUUAAUGAAGAUGAGAUAACUGGUGAUAAUACAAUAUCUGAAGAUGGUCUUCUUGAAGGCGAACAAAGAACUCUACUUGCUGAAAAUGGGGUCCUUAGGAGACAUACUGAAGAUAUUAGUGCUGAUGCUCCCACAAGCCAGAGGACACUACCCCCUGUACAUUUUCAUGCCCUAGAAAGUGAUCAGCCUAUACUUGACAUUUUGAAGCCAUCUGUAAUCAUUGCUUACCACCCUGAUAUCACCUUUGUUCGGGAAGUGGAGGUCUACAAUGCUGAGAAUCCUUCCAAGAAGCUGAAAGUUUACUUUCUCUUCUAUGAAGAUUCGACCGAAGUGCAGAAGUUUGAAGCAAGUAUACGCCGUGAAAAUGGCGCAUUCGAGUCUUUGAUUAGGCAAAAAUCGAUGAUGAUGAUUCCAGUUAACCUGGAUGACCAUCUUCUGGGUUUAGAUUAUCCUAUUGAGUCACAAUCAUCAGUGACACAAAACUCAAUAACCAGAAAAGCUGGUGGAAGAAAGGAAGCUGAGAAAGAAAUGCAGGUUAUAGUGGACAUGAGAGAGUUCAUGAGCAGCCUUCCAAAUGUCCUCCACCAGAAGGGCAUGCGCAUAAUACCAGUGACCUUGGAAGUUGGCGACUACAUCCUCUCCCCGUUGAUAUGUGUAGAAAGGAAGAGCAUCCAGGAUCUGUUUGGAAGUUUCGCGUCUGGACGGCUCUAUCAUCAAAUCGAGACAAUGGUGCGAUAUUAUAGAAUACCUGUUCUCUUGAUCGAGUUUUCACAAGACAAGAGCUUCUCUUUUCUGUCAGCAAGUGAUAUUGGUGAUGAUGUUACACCAAAUAGUAUCAUCUCAAAGCUAACGUUGCUAGCUAUGCACUUCCCCCGCUUGCGUAUUGUCUGGUCUCGCAGUUUGCAUGCAACAGCUGAAAUAUUUGCCUCCCUUAAAGCAAACCAAGAUGAACCCGAUGAGGUCAAAGCAACAAGAGUUGGUGUACCCUCAGAAGAAGGAAUUGUUGAGGAUGAUGUGAGAGCUGAAAACUACAACACAUCUGCUGUGGAGUUCUUGAGACGACUGCCAGGUGUCACGGAUUCAAACUACAGGACCAUAAUGGAUGGAUGCAACAGCUUAGCUGAUCUGGCUCUUGUUCCAAUUGAGAAGCUGGCUGAUUUGAUGGGCGGCCAGAAAGCUGCUCGCACCCUCAGGGAAUUUCUUGAUGCCAAGUACCCAACUAUGUUAUGAGUGAGCUGACAAUGGGUUGGGUUGGGUUGGGUCGGAAUCAGGUCAGCCCAUUAAUAAACGAGUUGAGAUUGCAGUGGUGAGUCGCUGAGUCCAAUAUUGUGUAGGCGUUUGCUACAUUAAAAACCUAGAAUUUUUUUACAAGUCCAUCUGAUUGUACUGGAAGAUAGGGUAAGGAAUUUCAAUUUUUUAUUUUAACCUUAUACCUCUGUGUUUAUUUGAAUUCUACGUUGUACCCAUGCAUUUAAAAUCGUUUAUGUUGUGCCCCUGUAAUUAUAAAAAACAACCAACUUUAUCCUUGUUGUUAAUCUGAUUUUAACAAAUACUAUUUGCAUU